CUCCGGGACCCGGAACCCUUACAGUGUGACACCCGAAUGAAAUGCAGAAACCUCCGGGACCCGGAACCCUUACCGUGUGACACCCGAAUGAAAUGUAGAGACCUCCGGGACCCGGAACCCUUACCGUGUGACACCCGAAUGAAAUGCAGAAACCUCCGGGACCCGGAACCCUUACCGUGUGACACCCGAAUGAAAUGUAGAAACCUCCGGAGCCCUUACUGUGUUACACCAGGACUAGGUAACUAGGCAACAGUGGGAGCCGGAGUUGGAGGGUAGAGAGCGCCUUUCACGACCGCCGUACGUCCCAAAGUGCUUAAAGAAGGAUGUUCAGGAGAAGUGGAUUGGGGAGUUCCGCCCGAGCAAGAGCCCAGGCCCAGCUCUCUGGACAGAGAAUAUCAGGAAUCUUCGAAGAUUCUGGGGACGAUCUGCGGGAAUAUAUCAGCACACUGUAUAAGAAAAACAAUACUCUGAAGGUUAAUCCAUUCAACUUGCAUGAAAUUAGUGACUUAAGUGAUUUUUCAACAGCGGAUACUGUGGACCAAGAAUGGAAGGAGCAUCGAUAUUCAAAAACUGCAGCCACUGCUAUACCAAUAGAAGGUAUCAGGGAGCUGGCAUUGACAGGCAGUCGAUUCUUGAAAAAGCCAAGCAAACUGGCAGUAUCACAAAGUCCUACUGUGAGCAAGAGCACAUUGAAGAAAGUUAAUGAGGUAAAUACAAGAAGACCAGAUGCUGCCUCUGUGUUGAGCAAAUCUCCCAGUGCCGCGCUUGCCCGACUGGCACAAAUAGAAAGCAGAAUCAUGAACAGAAGACUGAAUGCACACGUGAUUGAUUCUGAUGAGUAUUUGUGCAGUUCUGAUGAAAAGCAGAUUUCUCCCAAGUCAAGCAGUGAGUUGAGUGGAAAAGGGAGCAGGUUCUUGAAGAGAACUGCAACAAAGCAGGAGGUUAAUGUCAGGGAUCUGAAGAAAGAAAUUGGAUCUUCAAAGAAAGAUCAGCAGAAUGGACAUCCUAAAUCUUCAGGCAGAGUGGUCAUGGUCGACAGUGAUGAGGAGGAAUUGAAAAGGAUGCUAGGAGGCUCCUUUAAAUUUGCUGAUGAAAAUGAAUUUACAAAAAAAUCACACAAGACUCCACAACACGGUUCCAAGUUACAUAAUCAGCUUCUUGUGGCUAGUGCUGUUGGGGAAAAGAAGGAACCACAUCAUAAAUUGCCUAUCAUGACAAACCACCAGAGGAGCCAGGUUAAAAUGCCCUCACCACCCAGUGUGGGCAUCCCUCUGAGUCAGUCUCCACGGAUGAGGUUUGUGAAACAAUGUCCAUUUUCCUCAUCUGAACAAAGUGAGAUUAAGUCUCUGGAUGAACUGUUUACUGAACCCUCUGUUGCUGAGGAUCUGAAAAAUCUGGAUAGCGAGUCCUCUAAUGAGUUCAGGCUAAAUAUCUUGACUUUGGAAGAUUUGGUGCCAACUGUAGAACAGAAAAUGAACAAAGAAGCACCAGCUGUGAAGAAUGAAGCAAACCAAUUCUCUGAUGUUCAGAGCAUACAGUCGACUUUUCGCACCACUGGGCUUCAUGUGGCAGAUGAACUAGUCAGUCCAGAUGCUCAACCUAGCACACUUUCAAGAGAGAAGGAUGAGAGUGAACUUGAAAGUGAUAUAAUGACAGAAAGUGCUAUAAUUGGAAGUGAAAUCACUGAACAUUUGAAUGGGAGUCCUUUAUCAAGGAAGGAAAAAAACUUUCCAGAGAACCUACAUGAACAAUUAAAAUCAGAUGAUGAGAGCACUCUGUGUUCUGAAUACUCAGAGGACUUUGAAAAUUCAGACUAUGAAGUUGCCUCAAUAAACAAGGACCAGAGCGAAUCAUGUGCUGAGAAGUCAUCUAAAGAGGAGUUAAAGACAGAUUACUCAGAUAACAGUACUUCCCAUUCAACCUCUUCAACUCCAACUCCAGAUCAAUCAAAGUCAGCAGCAAGCUCUGAAUCACUCUAUUCAUUGGAAAAGAAGCAAGUGAUGGGUCUGACUAAAGUGGCUGUAAAAGAUACAGCAAUACAGACCCAGCCAUCUGGCAUGGCCUACACUUGGUCCAGAGAGGAAGGUGUUGCAGUCCUUGGAGCAUCUCUUGGAGCUGCAUAUGUGGAUCCCACCCCUAUUGCUAGUCAUGUUAUUAGCCCUGAUGCAAUCGAAGCAUUGACUGCAUAUAGUCCUGCUAGCUUUGCUCUGAAUGAUAUGCUGAAACAGCAGCUCACUCUAAUUCAACAGUUUGUGCAAGUCAGUCGGCAUCUCUACUUAUCUGUUGUGGCCUCAAUAGAAAAGGACAACUACCAUUACACAACUUUGGACGAAACAAAAGAGUUUAUCAGACGUCAUAGGUCACCACCACUUACCUUGGAUGAGGCCUUGGAAGAGGUGCAGCAGGAAAUGAAGCAAUAUCACUGUUAAUGAUGACUAACAAGACUGAGAAAUAAAUACUGCAAUGUUAGUAAUGGAGAGAAAGAGCAACUCCUGCAACUGGCACUCCUAUCAAUGUCACCUGUAAAUUAUUUAAUAUUCUAAUGCUCACUUAUGCACACAGCUUUUCAAACUGAUUCUGUGCAUUUACGAGUGGUUUAAUUCUGCAAUUAACAUACCACAUUGGCACUUGUUGCAGGAAAGCAGGUAUGGAUGAGAAAUAUAAAUAAUCUUUUUGUACAAAUGGACCCUAUUAUCCCUUGUUAACUCCAACAUUGAUUAGAAUCCGCUGAAGUUUCAGUAUUUUUCUAUCAGCAAUAUUUAUAUGCUAAAUGUAGCUUCUCUACAAAAUUGUUUCAUGUUGUAAUGAAUUGGUUACUUAAAAUUUAUAUUGGAUGUCUCAAAGUGUUUCACAACCAUUUAAUUCCUUUGAAAUGAAGCCACCUUUGUGAAUGUGGUACCCAAUUUUACACAAGAUCCCAUACCCCCCCCCAAAUGACAUAACUAACCAACUUAUUUCUUUGUGAUACUGGUUGAAUGAGGAACUUCAGGUAGGAGAUCCCACUGUUCAUAUCAAUCAUAUGCACUCACCUGAACAGGCAUCCAGGGCCUCAGGUUUGAAAUUUUGUCUGACAUUUAUAUUGCUGUGUAGAGCAAUCCUUCAGUAUUAUAUGUGUUAAUCUGGGUGAUAUGUAGACUGGGGCUACAAACCACAUUCAUCUUACUUAGGAGAGAGCACCACUGUUUGAACUAAGCUUACAUUUGAAGUUCUACAUCCAAUUUCCUAUUUUGUCAAUCGGAGUCCUGAAUUUGUGAAGUUAGCAGCAACAUCACUGGAUACCUAUAAAGCUGAGUAUUUUUAAAUAAAACUUCCUUGUUUGAAAUUCCUCUUCAUAUCAGGCCAUUUUACAUUCUGAGUAACAAUAAAUGCUAAAAAUUGUUUUGCUUCUUGAACUAAUGAUGCCUGGAGAGAUCAAAAAUGUUUAAAUAGAAAUUUGGACAUCCAGUAAAUAGUUGAAUGAACGAUGGAAAAAUUCACAUUUUAAAACAUUUACUAUAACAGACAGACAAAAAGCACUAUUGACCAAACAUACUUCAUGCUGGCAACUUGUGGUUAACUACAGAAUGGAAUGUUCAUAACCGAUACAGUACACUUCACAGGUUUACACUGGCUUGUAGAGUUGUCACUUAAAUUUUCUUUUCCUCUCUGGAAACAGUCCAAAAUGAUUUAUUACUCCAGAGAGUUUACUUUGGAACUCUCCUUUCUCAAGCUGUUAACCUCUAACCCCAGAACUGUUAAUCAUGAUGAGAGGAUUACUGGAGAUCGUCCCUCUAGGCACACAAAAGAAUUUGGCUUUGUCAUUCUGAGCACAGACUUCCACUUGCAUUUUGGGGAUCCCAUACUUUUCCAGCGUGCUGGAGACUCCCAGUCAAUUAACUAAUAGCACAGAGGUUAUUGCUGUUGUCUCCAAGUCUACCUUGUACUUUCUCCCAGUAAAACAAUGUUUAAUUUCUUGUAAUCAAACCACUCAGGCUUGCAGGUUGGCUUCAAAGCAGGUUUUUACCAUAAAGACAUAAUCACAAACCAGAACAAUCUUUUAAACCUCAUUAUUGUAACAGACAUCUUGCUACAGGUCUAACAGAAACUAUGUUUGCAAAUGAUAUUACUGAAUCUGUGAAAAUGUCCCAGUACCACAAGGUAAUUCAAAAGCAAAGAAGUGUGGAUAUUUGAAAUAUGAAAUAAAAGGAAAGGAAAAUUCUGGUUAUAUUCAGCUGGCCGCAUUUGCACCUAUGGAGAAAGAAACAGAGUUGAUGUUUCAGGGCAGUGAUGUUUUGUCAAAACUGGAAAACAUUGGAUGUGGAACAGGUUGUAAGAAAUUAUUGAGGCAUGGAAAGGGAAGAGGGGAGGAAAAUGUCUGUGAUAAAAUGAUUAAGAUAGGAGUAAUGAUGGUACAAGGCCACAGGAGAGUGGAAACCAUCCCAACAAAAUGGGUUUGCUGUGAUAUCAACUCUCACCACCCCAGGCUGGUAAAAAUGAACCCACUUCUCUCUUCAGCUACCAGACCUGAGUGUUUCUAGCAUUUUCUGUUUUUAGAAUUUAAUAUUUCAAUGUAAACUUUCUCUGGUAAACCACUUACCAUAUUAAUCUACAACAUCGCAAGGGUGGACAUGUUGCAGACGAUAAUGUGCUUUCAUUCACAGGAUGUGGGCCUUGCUGGCUGGGCCAACAUUUAG